AUGUCAGUGAUGGAUCUUUUUCAAAAACCAUCUUCUGUCAAAUCAAACAGAUUUGAAACAGCCAUGUGGGCUGCAAAGUUUGUGCUCAUGUCCAUGGGGGUUGUUUCGACUCUUGCUCUGUUGAAAGCGGCAGUAGUCCCAUACACAUUCCACCUUCUUCUCUCAACUCUUCCUCAAUUUUGGGUCUCAGUUAGAAGCUGGCUAACACUCCCAUGCCUUUACAUCAUUGUCAAUUUCAUCAUCAUCAUCAUUGCAGCUUCCUCCAACUUCCACCCCAAACACUUAUCUGACUCUCCUGCACCCUUUGAUCCUACGCACGCAACCACCACCAUUUCAGACACUACCAACCACUCAACCGAGCCAGAGAACCAAACCAGUGAAGACAAGGAAGAAGAAAAGGAGGUUGAAGAAGAACAAGAACAACAAGAGAAAGAGCAAGAUCAAGAAAAAGAAGAAGGCGUUGAAGAGACUGAUUUGUCCUCUGACAAGCUCAUGCUCCACCCGUUGCUAGAAAAUUGCACCAAUGAUUAUUUCUUGCCGGAUUCCGAUGGCGAUGACACACUGGAAGCCACGUGGAAGUCUAUCAUGGAGGGGCAGGGGAAAACGAUGAGGCCACAGCUGAAGAAGAGUGACACAUGGGGUGCAAGGAUUGUAAAGGCAGAGCCAUUUCAUCGUAAUGGGGAGGGUGGUGACGUUGAUGAUCCAGUGGCUUGGGCUCAGAAGGAGCUCAAAAAGUCAGACACAUUCAACGAUAGAACUUCCUUGAGAAGGGAAAAGUCCAUGAGUUUAGAGGAACUGAAUCGCAGGGCAGAAGCGUUCAUUAAGAAGAUCAACAAUCAAAUGAAGUUGCAGAGGCUGGAAUCUAUCCAGCGUCUCAGGGAAAUGAUAAAUCGCCGUACAUCUCGGCUUAAGCAGAUUGGUUAUGCUGUCAAAGUCUCCAAAGCUACAAUUAGUAUUGGGAUCAAAGAUGAGAUUAGGUCAGUAAACUUGGAGAACACACACGCACAUGGUUGGCGGGGACACUACCCAUCUAUGCAUACAAAGUCUAAAUAUGAGUAA